AUGAUAAAAUUAUUCGCAACAGCAUUCCGACCUGUUAUAAUGCAGUAACGUUGUUUUCAAAGAUAAUUUUAAUAUAAUUUUGCGAAGAUCAGCAAGAAGGAUCAGGAAAGGAUGGAUAAAAAGCAAGAGAAAUAAAAUCUUGGACUUUCAAAAACAAUUGAUUUUACAACCUAUCAAUCCAAGUUUGAUCAAUAUGCCCAGAAAUUUUAGGAGGCACUAAAGAAGUUGUAAGUGGGCAAACUAACACCAGAAAUGCUGGACAGAGUAUCAAUUUAAGCUUAUGGUGAAAAAUUGCCCUUGUCUUCUCUGGCUUAGGCAUCUCAAAAAUCGUAAGGAGUUUUGAUUCUAAAUGUAUUUGAUGAAUCUACAAUCAUGGAUGUAAUGAAGGUAUGCAUAAUUUCAUUCAUAGGCUUUAGAAAAUUCAGACCUUAAUUUGUAAGUUAAGAAACAAGACAAACAAAUAGUAUGUCAAUUAGCUUAAGGCAAUACAAAGGAGAGUAGAAUAAUAGCAGUCAAUAAUUUGAAGAAAUUGAUGGAAGAUGCUAAAUAAAGUCUUAGACAAAUUAGACAUGAAUGCAUAGAUGAUGUAAACAAUUAUUUAACCCAAGUUAAAACCUUAUAAAAAAGUCACAUCCGAAGAUACUAUGAGACAGGCUGAAAAACAAAUCCAAGAUUUAUUUGAAAAGUAAACACAAUCUUUGGAUUCAUUAUAUAAAUCCAAAGAGAAAGAGUUAUUGAAUAAUUGAUCAUUUUCACAAUAUUUAAAAUUUUAUAUAUAUAUAAAAUACUCGAUUUGCAUCCAUCAAUAAUGCAUUCAAUAGUUUAUUUCCUUCCUUUUGUGAGUUGAAAUCAAAUCAUUUGUGCAUAUCAAAAUAUCAAUUAGAAUAUAUACAAUAAAAUAAAUAUUAUGUAUUCUAAAUAAACAACAAUCUCAAAGUCGUAGAACUUAAAAUCCAAGCUCUCUAUUAAGGAUACUAUGUCGAAUUCUCACUAAAUUCAUAGUCAACCCCAAUCUUCUAAGGGUUAGGACCAUCCCAAACAAGAAGUACAUUUGUUUUAAUUUAGAACAAAUAAGAUUGUAAUCAGAUGAAGAAGAAACUGUUCAACAUUUUGGGAAAGAAUAGUGAAUCACAUAAGAUAUUUAAAGUUUCGCCAACCAACUCACUUAAGCAAUAAUAUUUCGUAUCUGCCUCUUUGUAGCAAAAAUCGAAGGGUUCUAUGUUGAAAUACAAUCAUACAACUGAUAAUAAUGAUUCUCUCAAAACUCUCAAGUGCAACGCUUUGAAGUUACUCAAACCCAAUAAACAUAAAGACAUCAAUAAGUAUAACGAAUUCUUAGCAAAUAACAAUUUUGAUAUGCAAAAGCAAUUCGGAAAUUUUGUUCGAUCUAUUGAUGAAAUUUAAGCUGAGUAAUUACCCAUUUAAAAUACUGAAAGAAGCACUUUGAUCGCACUUUUUGAAAAACUUAAUGAAAAAGAUUAAAAGGAAAUAAAGCCAAAAAGAUAAACUCUUCAACAUUCAGAAUCUUAUUCAUAAAAGCAAUCUAUAGAAGCCGAAUUCAUUGAUUUAAGAUUAAAGCAAAGAAACAAAUGCAAUUUCUCUAAUAAUUCAUCAGGACAAUUAGUGAAUCCAAAUUCAACAACAACAUAAAUACAUUAGAAUCCAAUAGCAUCAAUUGAACAGAAAAUUAAAAUCGAUGAAAACCUAUAAGCAAUUGUCGAUAAAACUAAAUAGAUUUUGUUAAAAUAUCAAGCAAAACUGAAAUAAAAUGACAUUGAAAAGGAUGUAUUAAUAUAAGAAAUAUAAUAUUGGAAAUCUAAAUACUUAAAAUGUAAACAACAAUAAUUUUGA